AUGUCGUCGGAACCCGAUCUCCACCGUGCCAUAUCCAUGAAACCACAUCCGUUCCACACCCAUCCGGAUCGCAUAGAACGUACAUCUAGCCCACACGUUCAUCUUACUCCUGCAGGCAGCUCCUCGCACGGCGACGCUGCAACCCGAGGCAAGACAGGCGGCAGCAGCACAGCAAUUGACCGCUCGCCCUCCACGUCCACCGACCAUCAUGCCCGCCAUGUCACCGCCUCAUCGGCCAAUGCCGCAGACGUAGAAUCGCAGUCGCCCCCCGCCUAUACGCCCGACACAGACCCGUACAGGCUGGCGGCCGCCAUCAAGCCCGAAUCCGAGCUCGCCCUGAUCCGCGCCAACACGUCUCGCAAGCGCGACGGCUGCGGCCCCAUCAGCCUGAACGCGAAGUCGCGUUCUGCAAAGAAACUCGAGGAAUUCUACUCUGCCCAAAAUGAAAACAUUGAGCGCCUCCUUAAACCCGUCGAUGACCACCGGCGCGCUGCCAAAGAAGAGGGAGAUGCAAACCACCUCAAGUACAAAAUCGCCGUCAUCGGCUCUUUCGCCGCGAAUAUCAUCCUCGCUGUGCUCCAGCUCUACGCAGCAAUCUCCUCGCAAUCCCUCUCCCUCUUCACCACAAUGGCCGAUUCCCUCUUCGACCCCUUAUCCAACCUCACCUUGAUCCUCUGCAACCGCGCCGUCGCCCGCGUCGACGCACGCAAGUUCCCCUCUGGCAAAGCCCGCAUCGAAACCGCAGGGAACCUGUGUUUCUGCGCGCUCAUGAUCACCGUCUCCGUCGUCAUCAUUGUCGAAUCCAUCCGCACCGUCGCCGAACACAGCGGUCCUGACACCAACGAUUUCUACCUCCCGUCCGUCAUCGCCGUUGCCAUUGCCUUUGCUACGAAAUUCAGCUUGUUCCUCUACUGCUGGGCGCUGCGCAACAAGUACAGUCAAGUUCGUAUCCUCUGGGAAGACCACCGCAACGAUCUCUUCAUCAAUGGCUUCGGUAUUCUUACCUCUGUCGGUGGCUCCAAACUUAAAUGGUGGAUCGAUCCCAUGGGUGCCAUGAUCCUCUCUGUCCUCAUUAUCUUCCUCUGGAGCAGAACCGCGUAUUCCGAGUUUCAACUCCUGAUUGGCGUUACGGCUGAUACGAGUAUGUUGCAGCAUAUCACAUAUAUUUCAAUGACUCACUCCCCAACCAUCCUCCAAAUUGACACCGUCCGCGCUUACCACUCCGGUCCCCGCCUCAUCGUUGAAGUAGACAUCGUCAUGAAUCCAGAUGAUACCCUACGCGCCACCCACGAUGUCGCAGAGGAACUCCAGAUUAAGCUAGAGUCCCUGCCUGAUGUCGAGCGCGCAUAUGUCCAUGUUGAUUAUGAAACUGAUCAUCGCCCGGAGCACUUUUUGAAGAAGGAGUUGUAA